CUUCAAUAACAAAUUCUGACAAAGAAACCUAAUUCUCAGUUUAAGAUUAACCCUAGUUUUACAAUAGAUGUCUAUAAAAUAUGUGAUUUCUCAUGAAUAACUAACUGAAAACACUUACCGACGAAGUAUCUUUUAUUACUAUGCUCAAGAAUAUAAUGGGGAGUUAUCUGUUGUUAUUUUCAGCUGUACAUGUAUCUGCGGAAUACAAUGAUAAGAUUUCUGGGCAGAUUAUAUUGGUUGUCGAAGACCAUAUGUAAUUCUAAUUGGAGCUUAUAACAGUAGCCGAAAUCUUGAUCCACCAUCUAAAACCAAGGCGCGUUCAUUUAUUGAAGUAACUCUAGAUCAAGCUGUUAUAAUUUGGCCUGGUUCACUACAUCAAGAUAAACGAAAGCAGCCAUUUCAACUGGAAAGACGAAAUGGAUUGUGGAAAUCAGUAUUCAACCCAGCAAACGAAACAAACAAAGCUUUAUCUCCUUCAUAUUAUUUACAAGCAGUACCGUUCCCACAAGCUAUAUGGACUAUAAACAAUGCCCCAAUACCUAGUACAUUGAAUAUUUUUGUUAGUCAGUUGGAACAAGCUAUAGUAUUGCUUAAUAUUGAUAAAGAAAUGGAUUCAAAAGUGAUUAGAGCACGAUUGAUCAAUGGCUACGGAAGAGCAAAUAGUGAAGUAUUCAGUCAGACACAUAUAAUCCAAGUUAAAGAUCCACCUGGAAAUAUGGCCACCAAUUCUUUAGAUCUUGUCUUACCUCCAAAAGAUGUGUCACUUACUUUAAAAGAUGACCAACCAGGGACAGCCGUCUUUGAAUGUGUAUUUAAUGCAAGACCUGCUCAUGCACUAAGAGUUCAAUGGUUUAAAAGUACACUGAAUGGUAAACAUGAGCUUAUCAAUCCAUCAAAUGUUAUUUCAUCACCAACAAAACUGUCAACCAAUCAUAAUUCAAACAUUAAUAAUCAAAUUAUUUAUAAAUUUGAUACGUCAGGUCUCAAUAGAACACUAAUUAUUAGCAAUAUAUUACCGAGUGUAAUACCUUCUGAUUAUUUUCAACAAAUCAAUCAAAAAGGUAUUUAUUCUGAAGAAUAUACAUGUCAUGCUUAUUUAAAUGACUACAUUAAUAAUAAUGUAUUUGAUAUGAAUAAAUUCAUAUUAGAUGAUUCUCAAUUUACUACAUCAGUCUUAUCCUCCUCUUCAUCAUCAUCUUCUUCUACAAAUUCUGCAAUUAAUUUAUAUCAACGUAUUAGUCCCAUAUCAACUACAGCUAGAUUAAAAUUAUAUCUACCGCCAAAAAUUAAAUUCCCACCAAAUUUGAUUGUGAAUAGUUUAACAAGUCAAUCGGAAAUUUCACCAAAAUAUAAUAAAUUAGUGAUAAUUGAAACAAGUGCCAGUAUGACUAUUCAGUUACCAUGUGAACUAGACUAUUUUGGCAUACCAAAAGCUGAAAUUAAAUGGUUAAGAAAUGGUGAUUCAAUUGAUACACAUAAACAAGAAUAUUACCAGAUUUAUACCAAUCAUACUUUAAUCAUUAAAAAUUUGAAGUUAACCGAUGCUGAUUUCCUAAAUAUUUGGUUAAAAGUAACAUCGUUCGCUCCAAGAUUAUGCAACUCAGAAAUAAUUAUGGAGAAUAUUACUGUAUUGAAAGAAUCAACAACAGUUCUGACUUGUCCUAUUCAUGGAGCACCAACACCUGAAUUUAAAUGGUAUAAAGAAACCAGUGAAAAUGAAUGGACACCAAUUUAUCAAUUACAUCAAAAGUAUCAAAAUUCUAAUUAUUCUUCAACUUUUAAGAGAAAGCAAUAUUCAAUCAAAGAGGAUGAUGUGAAUGUAAUAUUAGCUGAUGAUAAACUAAAAUCUAUACAACCAGUAUCUAAUUCAUGUGUACCGAUCGGUUUAAAUGAAUUGGAGAUUUAUCAUGUUGAUUAUAAAUCAACUGGUCUGUAUAAAUGUGAAGCAGUGAAUUAUUUAGGGAAUCAAUCAGCUUUUAUUUAUGUCAGUGUUUAUGCUCGUGCCAUACCUGUUCACUAUUUACCAAGUUCAAUAACAGCUUUUGCUAAUCAAAGCUUAUCAAUAAUGUGUUCAUUUUACAUUGAUCACCAUACACUUGCUGAAAUUAAUUGGUUUCAUGGAAGGAAAGAAUCUACUCUUUCAGGUGAGAAAUAUAAAAAACAUAAUAAUACCAUGAUGAUUGAUGGAACUAUCAAAGAGAAUACAAAAGUAAUUACAAAUUACAAUCUUGUCAAGUCUGUACCAAUAGAUCCAGUUAUCACUUAUUUCUCACGUGAUAUUCCACAAAAACACAAACCGCCGAUAGGAUUAAAAGAGUAUGGUUCGAUUUUGCACGUUAACAGUGUUGAUGUAUUACAUCAAGGAUUCUAUGUUUGUGAAAUCCUAUCACUUGGUGGUAAUUACACUCUUAAAACUGAAUUAAAAGUUGUUUCGCUCCCGACAGCACCGACUGAUCUGUCUGUUACCAAUGGAUUUGAAAAUAGUAACUAUGAUAAUGAUAACAAUGAUAUUCAUGACAUCGGAGUUCAACUGUCAUGGAGACAGCCACAAGCAAAACAUCAGCUGAAAAUAACUCAUUAUGCAAUUUUUAUUCAUAAAUUACCCAAUCAACAUAGUUUGGGAAAACAAAAUUGUGAACUAAUCAUGGAUGAAGAAUGGGAACUAUUCAGUGUCAUAAAUCUAAAUGAAACUAUUAAAAAUCCAAUAAAUGAUCGUUAUAUAUAUACAAUAUAUAAUAUAUCAAUAAUCUAUCAGACUGGUUCAUAUUGUAUCGGUCUAUCUUCAGUAAAUUUUCUUGGAUGGAGUAAAAAAUCUAAUUCUGUUUUUUAUUCAGUAUCACAUUUAUCCAAUACAUUAAGUGAAGUUAUUAUGAAACUGUAUUUAAUAAACGUUACAAGCACAUCUAUUCAUGUUCUUUGGGCAGCAGCAUUGCAAACCAAUAAAUUAUCAUUAUCCUUAGUUAAAGAAUAUCAGUUAUAUUAUUGGAUUGAGAAUAGUGAUUUUGUGGAAGUGAAAAAAUGUUCUAAUAUAAACAGUUUUGUACAGCAAAACGAGUUGACCAAUUUAAAACCAUCGACAAGAUAUCAUUUAAAAAUUUCAGCAUGUAAUGAUUACGAGUGUGGAACAUUUUCUGAAGUUCUCCAAGUUCAAACUCUUCCACAUGAAUUAUUAAAAACACCGUCACUCAUAUCUGUUACUGUACAUCAAGCAAAUAAAGUGAAAAUAUCAUUUUUCAGUGACUAUAUAGAUAGAGAUGAAUAUUACACUGAACAAAUGAAAGGUUAUUUAAUUAAAUUAUCUUGCAUUGAUCCACCUGGUUGUUCCGACUUGCAAGUGUAUUUACCAUUAGAAUGUGUCACGGACUCUGAAACGUUUGCUGCUGAACACUUUAAUGUUAACCACGAAAACAUGAUUAACAAUCAGCGUUGUAAUGAAUUAAACCCCUUCGAAAACUCCACAGUAUUGUUCAGUGCAAAUGUGAAUAGAAGUAACCAUCAGAUUUCAAUUACUUUGAAUUCACUUAGUCCAUAUACUUUAUACGAAUUGUUUAUUGCUUACGUAUAUAUCAGUCGAGUUGGUCCGUUCAGUAAACCAGCCGAGGUGUUUCGUACAACUGAAGAUGUUCCUUCUCGAAUUAUCAAUUUAAUGGUUAACACUGAUGGUAGAGAUGGUCUUAUUGUUGAAUGGGAUGCACCAGAAAAACCAAAUGGAAAAAUAUUACAAUAUAUACUACACUAUACUGAGAUUAAACCUAUUGAUUCAUUAAUUGACAUUCACCGUCAAUAUGAUCAUGUAGAAGGUGAAUAUAAUACAACACUGACUUUUAUGAAUCAAAGAAUUAACCAAAACAGUAGUUAUGAUAAUUAUAUUAGUUAUUGGAAUGAACAAUCAAUUCAUCAAUAUCCAAUAAUAGACCACUUACAAUCAGCUUAUACAAAAGAUCCUAAUUUUAUCCAAUCUAUACAAACUAGAACUUAUGACAAUAGAAAGUAUGCUGGCUAUUAUAGUUUAAAUCGAACAAUUAAUCGUGUACAUAUUAAAUCAUUAAUUCAUAAACAUAUUUAUCAAAUAAGAAUGUUUGCAUUGAAUACAGCUGGAUUAAGUCCGGUUAGUUUACAAUUAGGCAUUACAUCAUUAUUACCAGAAUUGAAAUACAAACAUCAGUAUACCGAUCAAAAUUUUAUACAAUGGAUUAAUUUAAUACAUUCAAAUAAACAUCAAGAGAAAAUAUUUAAAUGGUUAAAUAAUACGCGGAUACAGUUUCUCAGUGAACCAAUUAUUUCAAAGAUAAAUGCUCAUAAUGCAGAAUUUUCAAUUGAAUUCAAUCUAAAAUUAGAUGGAAAUAUUUCUCAUUCCAACCAAUCUACUCCAGUUGUAGGCGCUUUUUCACGAAUAAUAAAAUUAAUUGAAAAGUGUAAAUGGCCAAUAAAAAUACAAAAAAUUCCUUUAAUUGGUUAUCAAGCUUUAAACGGAAAUGAUCAUAUAAACUCUUUGAAUUGGAGAAUAAUCACAGCAUAUAAAUAUACUACUAGUCCAUCAUUGAAAUUAUCUUUAACAGAAUCGACUAAAUUCAAUGUUAAUGAAGGAGUACAACUGACGUUAUCAUUUAAAUUAUUUAAUUUAUCCAGUUAUAAUUAUUAUCGAUUUGAAGUUUGGCAACCGAUCGGUUUACUUUUUGGUAAUUAUAACCAAAUAGCUAGCAAAAUUUUGUAUCAUUCAAAUUUAUCUAAAUGGUUUAAAAUUGAAUGUGAACCGCCAUCAGUGUCGCCAUCAUUAGUAUCUACUCAUAUGUUGAAUUUAGAUCAAAUGAAAAUUAUAUGGCAGCCUCUUUCUCCGGAGGAGUGGAAUGGAAUACCUGGUGGGUACUUAAUUACAAUUCAGGAAGCUGAAAGCGAACAUACACACAGUUUAAUGACAACUUAUCCGAAUCACGAUCACAUGUAUAGUGCAAAUGAAACAGUAAAAAUUCAAAUUAUUCAAAGCAAGUGUGGUUUAGAUUAUUUACAAAUAUUUAUUAAUGAUAGCACGGCUUUCUCAUAUAUCACUGGAGAUUUGAAAUUCGAUAGUGAUUACAUAAUAAGUAUUCGUGCUGCAAGUGUAGAAAUCGGAAAUUCUGACAAAUGGUUAUUGGGUCCACAAACUGUUAUUCAACAUUUGUCAAUUUACAAACAAGCAAAAAAUAAUGAAGACAUAAGAUUUCUAAUUUCGAUGAGAACGUCAAAAUUUAUUCCAUACAAUCUUAAUGUUUCACGUGAACUAGAUUGGGUAGUUGUGAGUUGGAAAGAGAAUAUCAAAGUAGAGUGUGGACAAUUACCAGAAGGUUACCAACUAAUCUUCAAUAAAGUAUGGUUUAACGAAAAUACAAAUGAAACACUACAGAAUGAUGUUGAUGAUGAUGUCAACUAUUUGAAAUUUAUUCCAUUCAAUCAUACAAAUUUAAAUCGUAAUAAAAUUUUACAAUCUAGCAAUGCAUUUUAUGAAAAUAUCUUGAAACUUCCAUUGAAAAUAUUUUUUAAUUCAAAUGAAGCGUGUUCUUUUAAUGGAUAUUUAAGAUUUCGAUUAUAUAUAAUUGGUCAGUCAAUCAAUAAAGAUACUGAACAGACUACAGUUUAUAUGAACCUUAAAGGAGAGAAACUAAGACACCGUUUAUUACUGCGUAAAAUAAUUCCAUUGUCAAAACAGAAAAAAGCACGUGUGUUGAUUACUUGGAUACCAAACAUUAAUAAUGAUAAACCAUUGUUUCCUCAUACAGAUAUAUUCACUUUAAAAUGGACAAGAAUUGAUCCUAUAUCAUAUGAAAAUUUGAGUUUACCAUUCACACGAUUAAUCAGUUGGCCAGAUGCGAAUAAUCAUGUCUUGAUGAAAUCAAUUGAAAAAGCAUCAAUGAAACAAAAAUAUUCAGAAUAUUUGAUUACUGUUGAUGAGCUGUUAAUGGAAGCAACAUAUUUAUUUCAACUAAUCGAAACAAACUUCAGUCAACCGGUAAAUAUUACCGUAAACGAUGAAAAAAUGUGUUCAAGUAAAACAGAGUUAUUGGUUUAUGUAACAACCGUUGAAAGUUUUCAAACAAGACCACGACAACGUCCAGUAACGCCCAAGAUACAAAUAUCACAGAGUAGUAUCACACAAGAACAGAAUAAAUAUACUAUUUGUCCUAUCGCCACAGCUCACUUAUCUUGGCCUAAUUAUUUACGUCAGUUACAAUCAAAUCAAACAACUGAAUAUAGUUCCGGAUUUCUGUAUACAUCUCCAGUCACAAAUUAUACUUUACAUUAUGCAGAAGUAAUGAAUAAUAAUUUCAGUGAAGAUAUUUAUAGUAAGAAUCCAAAUAAUUAUGGUUCUGUUAACUGGAAGACGUAUCAACCAGCACCACAGAUUGAUGAAGUGAAUGAUUUCUUAGUAGAUGGGCUCCUACCUUAUAAAAUGUACAUUUUUCGUCUAGCUGCUCAAACUGAUACUGGAAUUAGUCCUUUCAGUCUACCAACUGAUAUUUUGGUAACAAGUCCACAAAGACCUUGCUAUUAUUCAAUUAAAUUAGAAUUUGAACUGAAAGCUCAUCUGCACUCUGAAAUAUCCCAAAGUUCUGGUCAUACCGCAAGGAGACAGAGAGAUAUUGUAACAAGGGGUUAUUGUGAAUAUUUAUUGUUAAAGUGGAAAGCAUUAAAUUAUCGUCAAUGGAAUAGUCAACCUGGUUGGUAUCAUAUCACAUAUAGAUUAUGGUUAUCAAAUGAUAAUAAUACAAAUACUCAAUUAUUCAAUUUAUUUAUAAAACAUGAUGAAAAUAAAAUUAAAAAUUCAUAUUUCCAUAUAGAAUUGAAAGAUUUAAUACCAAAUAAAUAUUAUUUAUUUUCUAUUGAAGCUAUAAAUGAUUAUAGUACAACUAAUAUAUUCUCUUCAAUGAUACAAUUAUCAUCAUUGAUAUUUAUUAAUAGUGGAAUUGGAUGUAAUCAAAUACAAUUACAGUAUAAUCAUCAAAUGAAACAAAUGACUGAAUCAUUAGUUAUAUAUAAGAUGAAUAAGAUCAAUUAUCCUGUAUUAUUAAUUUUGAUUAAAUGUACAUGGGAUUAUAAAGAAUUUCAAGGUAUUUUAGGAUUUAUUUUAGAACUACAUGAAUACGGUGACAUAAAUUAUAACAUCUCCUAUGAUUCCAUUAAAAUUCAUUCCAUCUUCAUUAAGCCACAUGUACACGGUAUUUUAUUAUAUUCUGCAUCAAGUAUAACUCAAUCAAAUGUUAUCCUAUCAGGUCAAACAAUUAUUAAACCAUAUUUUUAUUAUAAAAUGUCAAUUCAUGUUAUAACAACGGGUGGACAUGGACCAAAAGCAUAUUCCCCACAAUCCAAUUAUAAAGGGACACAAAGUAAUACAAAUGUAAAAUUACAUCAUUCAAUAGAAAAUGAUUGUUUAUCUGGUGAACUGUUAUGUACAUCACAGUCACCACCGAACCCUCCAUUUUCAUUAGCAUCUCAAUGGUUAUCAAGAAAUCUAAUUAAACUUGAAUGGUCACAACCUGAACAAUUGAAUGGAAAACUUGUAAAUUACCGUGUCUCAUGGAGUGAAAUUACUUUUCCAUCCAAAUAUAAUCAAUUUACUGACAAAAAUUCAACGAAUAGCAAAGAAAUUGAGCAACAAUUUACAGUGAUACUAAAAUCAUUUGAAACAACAUAUACCAUAGAUCAGUUACAUGAAAAUACUUCAUACAUAUUUAAAGUAUAUGCUCGAACACAAUCAAAACAAAAUGAUGGUUGGAGUACACCAACUUGUAUUUAUGCGUCAACAAGUUAUUGUUGGUUUAAUUCACCUCAAAUAACCGGAAUUAUAUCUCAACAUAAAUGUGACUUUAAAACUUUACUCAAAACAAUUGACCCAAGCUUGGAAAAGUUUUGUUCAUUCAGUUCACCAAUAUUACGUCGUCCAGUAGUGUUUAUCAGUAGUAUAAAUAAGAAUGCGACGAAUCAAAAAUUUAAAAAUUUGACUAGGAAUUCAUUACAGUUUCAUUACAAUGAAACAAAUAUAAAUUAUGCAUCAACUGUCAUUACAAUUCUAUGGAGUGAAGUCAUGUCUGGGAUCAAUUCGAUUACACAUAUAUUAAUUGAAUUACGUUAUUCAUGGAACUUAAACAAAUGGUAUUCUUUUACUAUGAUAAACAGUUCAAUGAGAUUGUACACUUUUGAUUUUGAAGAUUUAACAAAACUUUCAGUCAAUUUAAAUAAGGAUUUAAAGCAUUCAUUUGAUGCAGUGAAAAGAAAAGUGAAAUCACAAACAACAAUGAAUGAAAUCAAUCAUGAAGCGACAAUACGAAUGAUUACAGCUGCAUUUAAUGACGCUAAUGUACCGAUAGAUUCUACAACACAUGUAGCUAUUCAAUUUCGUGUAUCUCCAGUUAAUCAAUUUCAAAUAGGUCUACCUAGUCAAGAGUCAGAUUGGAGUGUUAUAAAGUUAAAAACAAUCGUAACACCAUUUUAUCAUCAUUGGUGGUUUAUAAUCCUGUUAGGAUUAUGCGCUGUAACAAUCAUCUUCAUUUUACUGAUUACUUUGAAGUGGAAUAUACGCAGAAGGCAACAAUUAAAUAAAUCAACAUUUGUUACUGAAAAAUAUGAUUCCAAAGUAUCUUCAUCUAAUGCUUUUAUGAAUGAUUGUUGUUUAACCUUUAAAAUAUAUCAUUCAAACUAUUUGACAAAAACAAUGAACAAUAAUAUCCAAUCGAAUGGUGAGAUAUUUGAAUAUCCAAAUAUGAUUAAUUCAACCUUUCAUAACAUUAGAUCACCUGAAACAGUUGAAUUAACAACAGGAAUACACUAUACUGAAAAUUCUAAUAAUGCAUUACAUAAUAAUCAAAAUCCUUUUAAUCUUGUCCUAAAUAAUCACAAUUGGGAUGUUCUAUACAAUACUAGUCCAGAAAUUCUUAUUGCUCAAACAGACAGUUCACUUGGUAGUAAAGCUCCAAGUAAUAGAACAGUUAGUACAAGUGAAGUAGAAAGAUUUGAUGAUUUUACUCAAAAUUACAAUAAUUGUGUAACAAGUCAAGGAUUAAUAAACAACUCAAAUCAGUCAUUAUAUCCUGAAAUGAACAUUACAAUUAACUCACCCUACAAUUUUUCAUUACCAUACUCAUUUCGAAAUAAUCAAUUGAUUACUGACUUAAGUCAACCAAUAAACAAUGAAAUAUUAAUAAACCAGAAUUUACCGAGUCCAUGCAAUUCAAACAAACUAUGCAUUGACCAAUUAUCAGCACCUUAUCUUUACUCAUCUUCACAAAAUGAGUCUACAAUACUAAAUCAGAACAAUUUAUGCCAAUUAGAUAUCAAUAGAAGAUUCAAAUUCGAUGAGUCAAUAAUACCACUGAACCAAACUAUUAAUUCCUUACCAUCUGUUCAAUAUCAACGGAAUACAAAUUACCAGAAUGAACAAACGCAUCCUGAUCAAAAAUCUUAUGAUGUAGAAUUUCAAUGA